AUGACGCACCUCCACGCCGGCCUGAGCUCCGAGACGACGGAGAAGGCUCGCUUAGAGCUGAAUGAGAACCCGGACACUCUGCACCAGGACAUCCAGCAGGUGCGGGACAUGAUCGUGACGCGGCCGGACAUCGGUUUCCUGCGGACGGACGACGACUUCAUCCUCCGCUUCCUCAGAGCCAGGAAGUUCGACCAGGUGGAAACGUUCAGACUGCUGGCUCAGUAUUUCCAGUUCAGGCAGCAAAACCUCGACAUGUUCCAGAGCUUCAAGGUGGAUGAUCCUGGUAUUAAGCGGGCGUUGAUGGACGGUUUCCCCGGUGUGUUGGAGACUCCGGACCAACAUGGCCGAAAAAUCCUCAUCCUGUUCGCCUCCAACUGGGACCAGAGCAGGAACUCCUUCACAGACAUCCUGCGGGCCAUCCUCUUGUCUCUGGAGGUGUUGAUAGAGAAUCCAGAGCUUCAGAUCAACGGUUUCAUCCUCAUCAUCGACUGGAGCAACUUCUCCUUCAAACAAGCGUCUAAGCUCACCCCCAACAUCCUGAAGCUGGCCAUCGAAGGCCUGCAGGACAGUUUUCCGGCUCGUUUUGGAGGGAUCCACUUUGUGAACCAGCCGUGGUACAUUCACGCCAUGUACACCAUCAUCAAACCUUUCCUCAAAGACAAGACCAGGAAAAGGAUCUUCCUCCAUGGUAACAACCUGAACUCUCUGCACCAGCUCAUCCAGCCGGAGUGUUUGCCGUCAGAGUUUGGCGGGACCCUUCCUCCGUAUGAUAUGGGCAUCUGGGCCCGGACGCUGCUGGGACCCGACUACAACGACGAGACGGAGUACACGCUCACCUACGACGCUCUGCACGUCAGAGAGAACUGUGGAGGAGGAGGAGGAGGAGACAAGGACAUGAUGAAGAGGUCUCAGUCAGCGGUCGAACCAGGAACUCUCCGACAGACGGACAGAGAGACCAGCACGCCGCUACUCGCUCUGGACUGA